AUGACGACUGCCAUAUCGUCUCUGUCUGACUUUGAAUAUGGCACAACGCCACAGCUACAAAAACGGCUUCUAACGCCUUUUCUUCUGAAAAAGGUUCCUCCGAUUCCAACUACCGAAGAACGUCCCGUUCACAAACAGUGGCGAAAUCCACUCAGUUUCUUCCUCUUUACAUGGUUGUACCCGUUGCUCCAUGUGGGGUACAAGCGUACUUUGGUCGAAGAGGACAUGCUGAAGCUCAAUGAUGAAAUCACAGCAGAACGGCUUGCUGCAAAGUUCAAGGCUAUAUUUGAACGCAGGUUGGAAAAUGAUAAACAGAAACACCUUCACAGGAAGGCCAAGCUGAGAGGAGAGACCAUCGAAUCGUCAUCUGUGGCUCCUGAGAAGGAUAUGGACGACUACCGCUUGGCAAAAUCUCUUUGUUUUUUGUCCUUAUUAGAAACCUUCUCCGUCCAGUACCCAAUGGCCAUGACCUUCGCUGCAUUGUCGUUGAGUGGAUCCGCUUGCACUCCACUUUUAUCUCGGAAAUUGAUCACUUUUGUUCUGGAGAAGGCGUAUGGACUUGAUGUGAACAUGGGGACAGGUGUGGGCUAUGCAAUUGGCAUUGCUGCUUUGAUCCUCGUUACUGACAUUCUUCUUACCCAAUCUACCUAUCUUGCUCGACUCACGGGUGCUCAAAUACGAGCGAUUCUCACGACUCUCCUUCUAGAAAAAUCCUUCAAGCUCAGUGCAAAGUCUCGAAAGAAGUUUACUGCUUCAAAGCUCACCGCCAUAAUGAGUACAGACGUCUCGCGUGUCGAUAUGGGAGCAGGUGUUUCAGUGAAGCUCUUUCCAGUUGUAUGUCCUGUGGCAAUCGCCAUCGGAAUACUUGUGUACAAUAUAAAGGCCCCUGCAAUGGUGGGCAUUGGCCUCAUGAUAGCGUUCAUGUUCAUCGCGGGUAUCUUGAGUGUAUUUCUUUUCAAGUUCAGGGUGGCUGCUCAGAAGAACACAGAUGCAAGAGUCAGUUACGUCAAGGAGCUCCUUAACAACUUGAAGAUGAUCAAAUUCUACUCGUGGGAAGUUCCCUACUUCAACCUAAUAUCGAAAAUCAGACGCAGGGAAAUGUCCUUCAUUCUCAAAAUGGAGUUCAUCAGAAUGAUCAUCAUCACAUUGGCCACCUCGUUAACCUUGAUCAGUGCCAUGGCUUCUUUUCUCACCCUCUAUGCUAUUGCCCCCUCAAACUCCCGAAAUCCAGCCACCAUAUUCUCAUCCGUGGCGCUCUUUAAUAUGUUGGCAUCCCAGUUUGUGAUUGUCCCAUUGGCACUUGCUGGAUCUGUUGAUGCAUUUCUCGGGAUGAACAGAGUAGCUGAGGUUUUGGCAGCAGAGGAAUUGGAUCCCAACGACUCUGUCCACCUCAUAAGUGAAAAGGAUAAAAUUUCAAUGGAUGACGAGAAGUGUUCUAUUGCAUUGCAUAGCUGUGACUUUGAGUGGGAGACAUUUGAUGUUGAGGAGGAGACGGAUGUUGAUCUCACGAAAGAUAUCGAACAGUUGAAGAAGGAAAAGGCAGACUUGAAGAGGAAGAAAAAGGAAAUGAAGAAAGCAAAGAACGCACCGAAAUCCUCUUCCCCUGACUCGGAAGAGAUGUCAUUGGAACUCUCCUCCUUCAAACUUAAUAACAUCGAUUUUACCGUGAAGCAGGGUGAAUUCGUGGUCAUCACAGGCUCUAUCGGCUCUGGUAAGUCGUCCCUACUUCACGCUAUUGACGGGACCAUGAAGAAAAACUCAGGAAAAUUGCUCCUCAACGGCUCCCUUCUUUUGUGUGGUGCUCCUUGGAUUCAGAACUGUACUUUGAAGGAGAACAUUUUGUUUGGGUUGCCUUUUGAUGAAGUAUGGUAUGACAGGGUUGUGAAAGCUUGCUCCUUGACAAGUGACUUUGAUAUACUUCCUGCUGGUGACAGAACCGAAAUCGGAGAACGUGGUAUCACUCUUUCGGGUGGUCAAAAAGCUCGUGUCUGUUUAGCAAGAGCCGUUUAUGCAAAAAGUGAUAUUAUUCUUCUUGACGAUGUUUUGAGUGCUGUUGAUGCAAAAGUCGGAAAACAUAUCAUGAACGAGUGUAUUUUGGGGCUUUUGAAGGACAAGACCAGGGUACUUGCUACACAUCAGCUCUCCUUGAUUAGUGAGGCGGAUUCUGUGAUAUUCUUGAACGGCGAUGGCUCAAUUACCAAAGGAAGCCUUGCUGAACUCAAGAACAAAAGCCCAGCUUUUAAUGCCCUCAUGGAUCAUAGCCAAAAGGAUGAGGAAAUCGAGGAAGAAGAAGCUGUUGAAGAAAUACGAAACGAAAAGGAUUUCAUUGAAAAGCAGUUAACCAGACACACAACAACGCAAACUCUUGAGGUCAACGAUGACAGCAUCAAAGAAUUCUCAGAUGGAAAGUUGAUUCAAGAAGAACACAAGUCAGUUAAUGCAAUUGGCUGGGAUGUCUAUGGAAGGUUUGUAUUGACGGGUCUCGAUGGUUUUAAGGGCAACUGGUUGCUAUACGUCGUUAUCGUUAUGUUAGUCUUUGCGACCUUCACGUCCUUGUUCACUAAUAAUUGGUUGUCAUUCUGGAUUUCCUUGAAGUUUGAUCGUUCCAACGGGUUCUACAUUGGCCUCUAUGUCAUGUUCACUGUACUUGCCAUUGUGUUUGUUGCAUCUCAAUUUUGCGGGAUCAUUUAUGUCUUGAAUAGGGCUUCCAGAAUCCUCAACAUAAAGGCGUUAAAGAGAAUUCUCCACGUUCCAAUGUCGUACAUGGAUACCACUCCUAUGGGCAGAGUGAUAAACCGUUUCACGAAAGACACAGACGUCUUGGAUAAUGAGUUAGGAGACCAAAUUGCAAUGCUCAUUUAUUUCUUUGCCAAUAUCGUUGGUGUUGUCAUUUUGUGCAUCAUUUACAUGCCCUGGUUUGCAAUUGCAGUUCCAUUUAUUGUUGCAGCUUUUAUUGUUGUUGCUACCUUCUACCAAGCAUCUGCUAGAGAAGUCAAGAGAUUGGAAGCAGUGCAAAGAUCUCACAUUUACAACAACUUCAAUGAAGCACUCACCGGAAUGCCCACCAUCAAAAGCUUUGGGCUGGUACCCAGAUUUUUGAAAACGAACUCCAACACCAUAGACAAAACAAGUGAGGCAUACUUUAUCACCUUGGCUGCUCAGGCAUGGCUUGAUGAUCACUUGGCUAUAUUAGCCUCAUGCUUUGCAUUAUUGAUUUCUUUUCUUUGCGUCUUCCGUGUGUUCGAUAUCAAUCCCUCCUCUGUCGGUUUGUUGUUGUCUUAUGUCAUGCAAAUUUCCAACCAAAUCUCCAUGUUUGUGGUCAUCUUCACCAAAGUGGAGCAAGAUUUGAAUUCGGCCGAAAGAAUUCUUGAAUACGCUUACAAGCUUCCACAAGAGAAAGCGUAUGAGAUUUCCGAGACCACACCUCCUCCAGAAUGGCCGGACAAGGGUGCAAUUGAAUUCAACAAUAUUGGUUUCGCUUACAGGGAAGGCUUGCCACUUACCUUGAAGAAAUUCAGCGCCCAAAUCCGUCCACAUGAAAAGAUUGGUAUCUGCGGUCGUACUGGUGCUGGUAAAUCGUCCAUCAUGGUUGCACUUUUCAGAAUCGCAGAAUUGAAUCACGGUUCCAUCGUUAUUGAUGGCAUUGACACCGCUACUUUGGGAUUACACGCCUUGAGGUCAAAACUUUCGAUCAUUCCGCAAGACCCUAUUUUGUUUAAAGGAACAAUCAGAAAAAAUUUGGAUCCAUUUGGUACAAAAACGGAUGACGAAUUGUGGGAUACCUUGACUAGGGCUGACAUUAUUCCAGAAGACAAGCUAGAGAAAGUGAAAACCCAAAAGCCAGACGACGAAGAUUUUAGCAAAUUUCACUUGGACGGUGAGGUUGAAGACGACGGUGAAAACUUCUCUUUGGGUGAGAGGCAAUUGGUUGCUUUUGCGAGGGCUUUGGUCAGAAACAGCAAGAUCCUUGUUCUUGAUGAAGCAACCUCAAGCGUUGAUUAUGCCACCGAUAGCAAGUUGCAGAAAGCGAUUGCAAGAGAGUUCAGUGACUGUACCAUUCUCUGUAUUGCCCAUCGUCUCAAGACUAUUGUGAACUACGACCGUGUGAUGGUUUUAGAUCAAGGUGCUAUUUCCGAAUUCGACACACCGUCAAACCUUUUCAAUUCAGAAAGGUCAAUUUUUAGGCAGAUGUGUGACAACUCUGGUAUCACCCUGCGUGACUUUAAGACAAGGGACCAGCAUUAA